CAACCUUUCGGUCGGGUGGUGUACUGAAUAGUAGAAAUUUCCGAUCUGGUUUGAUUCGAGCUCAUUCUUUGAAUCCGAUUCCUUGACACGCCACGAACGGCCGCAACACUCCCGACAAAAGUAGACGCCAUAAAAGCCAAGAUGUUCUCGUCAUUCUUUCAAGCCGCCAAUAACUCGCCAUUCAGAUCACCAUUCUCACGCGUCCAGUGUGCUGCCGAUGUCGAAUCGACAGUCGCUGUCCCGGCGGUUGGCACUGAUCCAGCACCUGUAGUUGGACGCGAGAUUGCUGCUGCUGCAGCGGCAUCAUCUCCCAACGAUUCUUGCGAGUUUGGUAGCAACAAAUACUUUGCUCUGUGCGGUAUUGGCGGUAUUCUGAGCUGCGGUACCACGCACACCUUUGUGGUGCCAUUGGAUUUGGUCAAGUGCCGUCUCCAGGUGGAUUCAGCCAAGUACAAGAAUCUGUUCCAUGGCUUCAAGGUCACCGUUGCCGAGGAGGGUGCUCGUGGUCUGGCCAAGGGAUGGUUCCCCACUCUGAUCGGCUAUUCGGCUCAGGGUCUGUGCAAGUUCGGUCUUUAUGAAGUGUUCAAAGUUAAGUACGCCCAAAUUAUUGGCGACGAAAAUGCCUAUCUGUAUCGUACCUAUUUGUAUCUGGCUGCUUCCGCUUCGGCUGAGGUCUUUGCCGAUAUUGCGCUAGCACCAUUUGAGGCCGCCAAGGUUAAGAUUCAGACCGUACCCGGCUUUGCCAACACUUUCCGUGAGGCUGUGCCGAAAAUGAUCAAGGAAGAGGGCAUCAGUGCUUUCUACAAGGGUCUGGUGCCAUUGUGGAUGCGUCAAAUCCCAUACACCAUGAUGAAGUUCGCUUGCUUUGAGCGCACCGUGGAGCUGCUCUACAAGUAUGUGGUGCCCAAGCCUCGUGCCGACUGCAGUAAGGGCGAGCAGCUUGUUGUGACCUUCGCCGCUGGUUACAUUGCUGGUGUCUUCUGCGCCGUUGUCUCGCAUCCCGCUGAUGUGGUCGUCUCCAAGCUGAACCAGACCAAGGGCGCCACCGCUGGCAGCAUAGUCAAGUCUCUGGGCUUCAUGGGCAUGUGGAAUGGUUUGACGCCACGUAUCAUUAUGAUUGGUACGCUCACUGCCCUGCAAUGGUUCAUCUAUGAUGGUGUCAAGGUCGCUCUGGGCAUCCCCCGCCCACCCCCACCAGAGAUGCCCGCCAGUCUGAAGGCCAAGCAACAGUAAAUUCUUCGCACUAGAGCUUUUACAACCACAAAACCAAUGCAAGACAAAACUUCAGAGUUUUGUACACUAAAAUACAACAAAAUAUCGAUGUUUAGUCAAAAUUACAGAGAAGAUUCAAGCAAUGGACAUGAUCCGGAAGGGAACUAAAACAACCAAUAACAGGAUGGAUGAGCUGGCGAAACAAACAUACCACAAUUUCAAUUGCUUUCAAUUUCAUUUUUCAAUCAACUUAUAAACCCUCUUUUAUUUGGAGCGGUACUCGCAUUUCGACGGCCUUUGACCAUUCCAAAAUAAACUGUCGCAUUUUUUUUUUAACUUUUCUGCAAACUGCAAACUACAUUCUUAAAAAAUACAUUUCUUAGCUAUACUCAACUUUAAAGUAUUUACAAAAUCUGCAAAUUCUAUGUAUAUUAUGAGUUAACAUAUGUAUGUGUUAUAUACACCAAAUAUAAUUUUACAUACGGAUCUUAGCUUAUAUAUUAAAGAAUCUACUUGUAUGUUGUUUCUCCAACCUCAAAAUAUAAUUGUUACAUUUUAGACAAGCAAAUAUGAUAUUACGCAAUAGUUAUGAUAAAUGUCGCUAGUGAAAAGAAAACAGAACUAAUCCCAGACCCUCUGAAUAAAUUAAAUUAUAAAAUAAAACACUAAA